AUGUCCCUCUGCAGAAACCGCCCGGAGGGUUUCGGCCCUCAUUCCACCCUCUCCUCCCCGCUGCCUACAGCAUGUUUCGCCGAUACAAUCAUUAUACCGCUCCCGGUUUGGCUCGCGCUCAUCCUUUUCCCGGUACUCUACGUCCUUAGCAUCCACCACCGCUCCCAGAACUUCGAUCCUUCAACCUCACACCUACGCAUAGUCCCGCCGCGCAACUGGCUCUUCACCACCCUCACCGCCAUAUACUACGUGCUCAUAGUCUGUAACAUUCUGAUGGAGACCCUCGAAAUCGUGCGUCUCGCCCUCAUCCACUUCGGCAUCGCGCUGUUGCCGUUCACUUACGUGGGACUCCUCCUGGGCGGCUCCCUACACCUCACCGGCGGGCUACACGGGCGAGUUCGAGGCUGGCAGGCUGUCAACACCGGCGUCCUGUGGCUCGGCGGGCUGGCCGUGAAUGCGGUGAAAGCGGCUGGGCUGAGCAAGGAGGGCAUCGACACGCGGAAGGGGAGCAAGUAUCCGCUCAGCGACCAAGUGGUUGACGUGGCGGUGAUCGCGGGGAUUUAUGCCGUGCUGGGGAUUCUGGAGAUGGCGUUGGGGUUCUGGGGAGAGUUGAGGACGGCCAGGGCGGAGAGGGCCCGGCUGGGGAGCUUGCGGAGUGGGAUGAGCCCGCCGAUGGAGUGGAAUGGCAGCUUUAAAUGA